AUGGUCGUCCCCGCGGCGGCAUCUCCCAAUCUUUACUUGCUCGACCUCGUCAAAACCGGCAGCAGGUUCAUCGACCGUGGCCUCGUUCUCGCGGACGGCCAGGUGGACAACAUCUAUCUCCCUGUCGACACUUUCAAGCUCCUGCGAAUCGAUGACAGUGUUGAGUACAAGAACGUCGGCGACAUCAAGGUGGUCGACAGGAGCCACCUGUAUCCUGGACAGGUGGUCGGGUCGGCAUCCGACAUGGGCGGCCAGAUCGGCGUCGUCACCGGCGUCAACACCGUGCUCAGCCUAGCCAAGCUCGACAACAACGGCGUGCCGACCAAGGUCAUCAGGGGGGUGUCCCCGUCUAGCCUGCGGCGCGUCAGGAGCAUCAACCUUGGCGACUUUGUCGUGUUCGGGCCGUGGCUCGGCCGUGUGGUCGAGGUGUCCAUCAACGUCGAUGUGUUGUUCGAUGACGGAGCCGUUUGCAGGAUCAGAGACGCGGAGUCCACGAACCUGGCGAGAGUGCAUGAAAGCGGCAGCAUGGUGACCAUGCAUCGCCGCCAAAUGAACAGUGUAUUACACCAGGGGCAGCACGUCAGCUUGCCAGGCGCUUGUUCACUCUUCAAGGAUGCUCGCUGGCUUAAUGGGUACUGGCAUCCUUACCGACAAGUAGGCACCAUCAUGAAGGUGGAGACGUCCGGCGUCCUCGUCUACUGGGUUGCAUCCAGGCAUUGUGGCACCGACAAGGGGCUAGUGGACGCAUCCGCUCUUCCAGCCUACCAGAACCCAGACGAUCUUACGUUCUUCUGCGCCUCGUACAAUUGCUGCUGGGGGCUUGCUGACCGCUGUUUUUUUAUAGAAACUAGUUCCACCAAAGAGGAUGCAGCUUGUGCUCCUAAUCAACACCAUGAUGAUGAUGAUGAUGAGGAGGAGGAGGAGGAGGAGGAGGAGGAGGAGGAGGAGGAAUACAAUGCAUGCUCACAAGAAAACCAAGAGAAGGAUGAGAGGUUUUAUCGAAAGCAGCUAAGGAAGGUCGCCUUUGAGGGCCAUAGACGGGUGCAACGGCCACAAGUCAUGAGACAUGUGGAGGUGGAGUUUCCCAUGCUUGUCGCCGACACAUGCACCACCGUCGACGUGCUGUGGCAGGACGGCACACGGCAACAUGGCAGACCUUCAUCGACCGUCGUUCCCUUUGGGAUCUGGAAUGAGCAAGAGUUCUUCCCGGGACAGCAUGUUGUCGCCAACGUUUUUCCUAUUAGUGCUGCCGUUGAAGCUACUGGUGACCAUGAUGUGACAACUACUAGUGUCAACAAUGACAUUGUUGCGUCCGGAACUGGACCAACGGUGCGUGUGGGCAUCGUCAAGAGCCUGCAAUACGAGGACCAGACGGUUUGUGUAUCAUGGUUCAAGACGUCAGGGCACCCAGAUGAGGUUAGGGAGGUCGACUGCGACCAAACCGUCAGUGCUUACGACCUAAAAUUGGACUCUAACCACUCUGCUUACUAUGGUGAUAUUGUCAUUCAUAUCCUACCAUCGGGACCAACAGAUGACGGUGGAAGUGCACCCUUGUUACGGGGAAACAAGAAGAAAAAUGUCGUUCCCGCCGAUAUUUCAUGGGUGGGGCGGGUAGUUGAAUUGCCUAAUGGGCACAUCCAAGUCAAGUGGGGUGAUGGUAGCAUGUCAACGGUAUUGCCCCAUGAGAUCAUUGUCGUCAAGGACGAGCACUACAUGGAGCUAUUGCUUGAAAUGGGCGACUGGGUAGAGGACGAUGGCAUCGAUGACGCACCCAAAGAACCGCUUGCUGCCAACACGGACAUUGAUCUUCAGAAUCUGGAUAAUGAUGUCGAAAGCGCCAGCCCGGCAAUGUCAAGGACAAGCCUUUUAGGUUUUUCAUUCCGGUCUUUGCUCCAAUUCACCAGCGACGUGGUAGCUCGCGGUAAAGGGUACCUGAUGAACUGGCCGCCCUCAUCGUUGUCACCAAGCUCAGAGUUACCUGCGCCCACAAAUGAUGAUAGUAUCGGUGGUGCUACAAUGGGGACCAACGGUGCUGAUGUAGAUUUGACCAGUCAUGGUUUUGCCGGGGGGACGAAGGCUGCAGAUGCUACCUGUUGCUGUGAUGAAUCGUUCAGCUUUCCACGUUUCGAUGUACUGCAGAUGAGCCCUCUGGAUCACCACUACCUUGAGACUACGGACCAGCUACCUCUGUCAUACCCGUCUGCCCCACCGCAAGUGUACUACCACUCCUUCGGCUUACGGCUCAAUCCCAACCUCUAUGAGUCUGGUACGGUGUGCCUCAGCUUGCUAAACACAUUCGGUGGCGAGGGCACCGAGGUCUGGUCCUCGACGACAUCAAGCCUCCUCCAAGUCGUUGUCUCCAUCCAGGGCCUUGUCCUCAAUGACCAACCAUACUACAAUGAGGCCGGCUAUGGAACACUGGUCGACAAACCAGAGGGUCGCCGCAAUGCGCUGCCCUACAAUGAGAAUGCUUACCUGCUUACCCUUCGGACCAUGCAACAUCUUUUACGUCGACCACCUCAGGGAUUUGAGGAAUUCAUUAAGGAACACUUCCGCCUUCGGGGAAGGUUUGUGCUCAGGACAUGCAAUGCGUGGUUGCAGGGAAAUAGUGUCGACAAUGCCCAUGACGCCGGAGCGAGUAGGAAGCGGUCAUGCUCGGCUGGGUUAAGGCUUGCACUCAACAACGUGGUGCCAAGCCUCAUGGCAGCCUUCACAGAGAUCGGAGCCGAGGGAUGCGAAGAGUACCAAUAG